UUCGCAUGCGCGCAAAUAUUGUUGACAUAGUUAUUAUUCUUUUCUCUAUUCCGUGCCUGUGACAGUGGAUAAGUUCUGUGAAUAUAUAUAUAUAUAUUUUUUUUUUUAUUUGCCCUUUUUAUAAAAGGGUGAGGAUGUAGUUAAAUUGUGACGUUGUAAUUUGCAAGAGUGUGCACGUAAUGGCUAACUGACGAGAGUUAUAAAUAAUCGUGACUGCUUUGACCUUUAACGAGGGUUGACGAUGAAGGUGUUUUUCUGCUCUUUGUGCGAAGAAAUUUCGUUGAGAUAAGUUUAACGAUUGUACGUACCCCACUUGCGCGAAAAUUUUCUUGAAUUUUUUCACGUACUGCACUUUCUUUCGUGUUGUUUUAUCCAAAAGUAUUUUUCCGAGCGCGUUUUAAUUAUUUAUCUUCGUUACUUUUCUGGCAGAAAUUUUUCCGUUGCCAACGAAUGCUGACGUUCGCGUAACUCGUACUUUCAAACGAUAGAUCUAAUCAUUUUGAGAGUCUUUCGCUGUUCCUCUGUAUGCGUUAUCAUACUUGACGUUCGCUACAAAUGUAUUUUCCACUUUAACUUCGAGCAUUGAAAAUUGCACAAAAAAGUGUCCUCGCAUCAUCAGCCAAAUACGCGCAAACUUUUCCAAUAACACAAAAAAAUCGGUGCCAGCUCCUUCGAAGAAGGAAAAAAGUACAAUAAAAAUUCUCGCGAGUGCGUGACGAGCAUAUAAUAUCCAAUAUCGAGAAGUCGCAGGAUCAACGAAAAAGAGAAACAAGAUUUUUAUGUAGCGUGCAAUAUAGAUAGUGAUGCAUCGUGUCGUGCACCUCUGAAAUACAGAGUAGAUAAAGAUGAGAUCGUCCUAGUGUUGGCAUUGCGUCCUUGACGUUCUUGUGUACACAACACGUGAGGAGAGCAACGAAAGAAGAAGGAGGAGGAAAAAAAUAAAGGAGUUUCUCAAGUUGAAGACGGUAGCGCAGCAUACGCAGUCACGGAGCCGCCAGUCGUAAAACUCGUCGUGCCUUGCGAAAAUCGCGAGGUACAAGAAAUAUUCGGCGCGAUGAAGGAGCAGUCAUCGUCGACGUCACGGCUGGAUCGAGAGAAGGAACCUCCGCAACGUUCAUUGAGCAGCGCUGCAGCUCUCACAUCCAUCGGCGCCGAUAUAUCACCGAGUUCCUCGCACUUUUUUGAGGUAUUGUAUGUCGGUAAGACGAAAAUCGCUCAAGCCAAAGUACCUGAGACGUUCAUCGACGACGUGAUCGUUAAAUUUCGAAGUCAUGGCCUGGAGAAAUCGAGGUCGACGGCAAGCAGUCUCCUCGCCGAAUGCAAUCAGCUCAAGCAACAGACUAGCGCCUCCAAUAUUUUCGCUAACAUUCGCAGGGAUAGUAUGGACUCGAAUACAAGUGAGUUGGGAAGCGCAGAGAACGUGACAUCACCCACGAGUCCGCUUUGCCCACCAGUAACUCUCACCGGAUCAGUCGAGUCGGUCACGUCUCCUGUCACUGACGGACCAAGGAAGACAAAUAGCAUGCCACUGCCGGAGCUCGCCAUGCGAAACAGGGCAGCUUCCAUUGGUAGUGCUAUGAUCACCAGACGCGACUCGUCUGUUCGGGACAAUGAAGACCUCAAUCGGACUAUGCUUUUCCAGGUCGGUCGUUUGGAUCUAAGACUGAUAAGUCCGGACCGUAAGAAAGUGCUGCUGCACAAACAGCUAAGAGACGUCGCGAGCUGCGUACAAGGCAUAAAAAAUCCGGAACACUUUGGCUUUAUCUGUCGCGAUAACAACAUUGAUCGCUUUGUCGGAUACAUAUUCAAGUGUCAGUCGGAAUCAGUUGCCGACGAUCUUGUCGCAGCAAUAACUCAAGCGUUCAAUGCGUCCGCUGAUGUGCAACCAAGAAAGGAGAGGCACGUAUUCACUUGCGAGCAUUGCCCCAUGGUUUGGUACAGCAAAUUGUGUCAAGAAAUUGAUGGACAAAGUGAUCGUAAAACUCAAAAUAUAAUAUUCUCGAGAUUGGAGAUGUUACCGGAGGAUGAACAAGAAAUUGUCGUGACAAAGUACAAGGGAGCAGAGGCAGCGAGUGGCACUGGCUCGGGUAUGAAUCUUACAGACCAGAAUCAAUUUUUAAUGAUGCUGCUACGAGCUCACUGCGAAGCCAAGCAGGCGAGACACGUUCAUGAUACAGCCGAGAACAGGAGCGAGUUUCUGAACCAGUACCUGAGCGUCGGAGUAGGUAGCACAAUAUUCAUGAAAGCGAAAAGGUCGUUAACAAACAGCUUCGAUCAUUUGAUGAAACGCAAAGGUUCCAAAGAUGACUUUGGUCUUGGAUCUCAAAACAACCUCAACAAAGUUGGAUUACAAAGUCCAGUAGGUUCCGGACCGCUACCUAUGGUCGACACAACACCAGACUCCAUAAGGCCGAGGUCACUUAGAGUUUCACCGGAACAGCAAAUGAGUAUCAACGCGGCUAGUCCAAAGAGUCCUAUGAUGGACAUAUUUUUAAAAGUCGGUAACUCACCCAAAAUGUCACCUACCGAGGGAGAAGAUAUCAACAAACAACAGCAAAAUGGUUCCUGGCGGCAGGCAAUUCUCAAUCGCGUUGUCACGCCAGCCAAAGAUCAGGAUAGCAAAGAUGCAGCUAAAAACGCAAGCUUGGGUGCCGGUAAAUAUCAAUCGACAUCAGCUGUAAAGAGAAGUAAAGAAGAGUUACGUGAUCUAUGGAAAAAAGCGAUAAAUCAACAGUUGAUAUUGAUCAGGAUGGAAAAAGAAAAUGCUAGACUUAGAGUUCGACAAGAGGAAGCAACAGUCAAAAGAAUAAAACUCGAAUACGAUGAAUUGAACAGUUGCAACCGACAACUUCACGAAGUCUGGGAUCUCUUAGUUAGCAAAGAAUCUCGAGUGUCAACUAAAUGUGACAACCAAAUGUUACUUCAAGCAAUUAAACAAGGUGUACCAAAAGCAAAACGUGGCGAAGUUUGGCAAUUCUUGGCAGAGCAAUUCUGCAUGAAACAACCACCGCUAGAUACUCGCGAUUUCCCAAACUACAAUACUCCUUAUGAGCUACUACUUAAACAAUUGACUUCUCAACAACAUGCUAUUCUCAUUGAUCUUGGUCGUACUUUCCCUAAUCAUCCAUACUUCAGCUCGCCUCUUGGUCCCGGUCAACUGGCGUUGUUUAAUCUACUUAAAGCUUACUCAUUGCUCGAUCAUGAGGUUGGAUACUGUCAAGGUCUUAGCUUUGUCGCUGGAGUUCUUCUCUUACAUAUGUCCGAAGAUCUAGCAUUCUUUUUAUUACGUCAUUUAAUGUUCCGGCGAGGAAUGAGGAAACUAUACCUGCCAGAUAUGGCCGCAUUACAGCUUCAUCUCUAUCAAUUAUCGAGAUUACUGCACGAUAGGCUUCCAUCUAUUUAUAAUCACUUUGAUAAACACGAAGUCUCUCCAACGUUGUAUGCAGCUCCUUGGCUGUUGACUAUAUUCGCCAGCCAGUUUCCUCUUGGUUUUGUAACCAGAGUAUUUGAUCUGCUUUUCCUCGAAUCGUCCGAAGUGAUUUUCCGUGUCGCACUUGCACUAUUGGAAGAGCAUCAAGAUCAACUAUUGGCCUGUGAUAGUUUCGAAGAGAUUAUGGAAUAUUUGAAGACAAAAGUACCAGCAGUAGAAAAAGAUACGUUAGACAGAGUAAUGAAACGAGUAUUCUAUCCUGACAUGGAAAUAGCAAAACAGUUAAACGAGUACCGCGUAGAGUACCAAGUUUUGCAGGAGGAAAUGCUAUCUGUGAAACCACAAAUCGAAAAUAUGGAAAAACUGGAAUUACUCAACAAACAACUUACGCAACAAAAUGCUCAUCUUAAUGAACAGCUUGAGAUUGCCAUGGCAAACCUUCACCGUAUGGAGACAACACGCGCACACCAUCAAUCCACCGUACAUCGCCUAGAAUCUCAAACCCGCAGUCUCGAGGUGACAAUUUCGACAAUGGGAUCGUUCAUUCAACAGCUCAUCGAAUCGCAAACGGACAUAGAGAUACCAGGCGAUGUUCGACGUAUUGUUGCUCAACUAUCACUCGCUGAAAAACGACGCAAUAACAAUUUGCGAUCAUUCCAAAAUCGUAUCGUCGAGGACAACAACAAUAAGUACGACAUGAAGAAGAGUAACAGCGCUGGAAAAGAUGCUCGUCUGGUAAAAACUAACAGUAUGAUCGAACCACCAUAUCCGCUGAAAUCCGCACUUAGCCAACCAAAUCUGGGAUCUAAAUUGGAGAAAGUCUCCUCGUUCUUUGCUAACUCGCACAAUCACAUCAAACAACAACGUGCACAAAUGGCAGCAAUUCGCAGUGAGGGAAGCAAUGAAGCCGUUAAUAUGCUGAAUUGCAACGGGGCCAACGAUGAGAAUGAUCCAAAAACUGUAAAUAUUGACAUACAGAUCACGGAUACUGUGAGUAAUAGUGGAUCGGAUACUAAUAUUGUACAGAAUGAUAAUGGACUAAAAAUUAAUUCUCUUGCUGCGCUUGAGAAGUCGGUUUCUUUACCGAAGAAUGCCAAGAUACAGCUCAAGUCUUCCAAGUCCGCUUAUGAAUUGGGAAGCGUCAAGAAAAUUCUUACUACAAAAUUGGAAGAUACAAAUUCUGAUUCACUGACGAAUCUCACGGGGACGAUGCAUCCACUGGACACGUGUAGCGACGUCAAUUUCAAAUAUGGAGGUACGACAAAACUCAAGUCGAUAAAAUCAAUACGAGCUGGAGGACAGAAUGGUCAGAAUGAUAACAAUAACAAGGAAAUUCAACAGAAUUCUCAGAUACUAAGCAGAUAGCAAAUGCUCCUAUUGAAAAUCCUAAAGCGUAACUUGUCUGUAGAUUAAACGACCGAACCUCGUCAAUUAAUAUCUUUGCCAUCAAUUACUGUACUAUUUCUUGCGAUUCUAUUGCCAAAUAUUAAUUAUAUUAUAAACGAACUUAACGGACAGGCGAAGUCGGUUUUAAAUUAUUUUUACUGCUGUGAGAUAUUUUCUUUUCUUCGGUAUAGACGAGAGUAUUUUAGAUGAAAGAGCAUAGGUAAUAAUAAAUAGAAACGUAACGCGAUGUAUGCAGAAAAUAUAUCAUAUCUUGAAAAACAGUAAUAAGCAAAAGUAAUGUUAGUGCCUAAGUUACAAUUACGAUAAGACAAAGCAGAUAAAAAGUAAUCGUCCGUGGCAAUUGCCAAAAUUUUACAUUGCCAUCGGUUCAAAUGACUUAAUGUGUACACAAAUCUAAUUCAUUGGCACAUAUACAGAUACAGAGAUGGAACAGAUUUGUAAUUUUGUAAAAUAUUUUUAGUAUUUGUAGAAGCUGAAUGUAGAUAAGCCAUGGUAUUAUUCCAUUUAAAAUCGUAGUCAUAUACAAAUAGAUAAGUGAAUUAUCUGUUAAAAUUAUAUAUUGUAAUUAUAUGAUAUACAUAAAGGAAUAUUUAAAAGAUUCAUAGUUCAAUAAUAUAAAGAAUAAUUUCAAAUUAGUCAAUGAUAAUAAUAACAAUAUAUACAACUAAGGACACGCUUACUUUUUUAAAGCUCUUCCGUACUCUUUGAUAAAUGUUUUAAAUUCUUUUAAUGAAUUCGCGAUUGAAUUUGUUUUGUUUCAUUUGAAACCAAGUUUUAUAACUUUAAGUUAUACUUAAUUAAAUUAAGACUGUUAACAAUGACGAGUUUUCGGAGCAUAUUUAGAUAAAAUAAAGCAAAUAUGCCUAAAAUUACUUAAAUUAUAAUACUAUGUAUAUAUAGUAAAUAAAUUUACUAUAUAUAUAUAUAUAUAUAGUAAUGAAAUUUAUACUGUAAUAGAUUGUAGAAUAAAUAUGUUUAUUGAAAAACAUAACGAAACGAAAACUUAAAAAUGUCGCCAAAAUAAGGCCGAAAUAAUAUGACGAUUACAAAACCGAAAAUUAGGAGUUGUGUAUCGUAAAAUGUACGCCGUGAAAACUAAAUUUAACGGCGUAAUAUAGUCUAGAAUUUGUGAUGUUUGUUGUAGAUAAUAUCUUGUUGAUAUAUGUGUCUAUCGUCUUACAUUAUUGUAAAUUAGAUUCUAUACUAUAUUUUUUUUCAUCGAGCUUUGGAUAGGAAUAGCCCUAACAAUUUUUAUUUUUUUCUCCUUAAUAAGAAACAAAUGAUGGUGUGCUUUGCGUUGUAAAUUUCGUAAUUUUUGUUGUGCAUGAUAAUUUGUAUGACGACACUUUUAAACGAUGUGGAUGAUAAUGUUUUUUUUUCAAAUCAAUUUCAAUCUUAUGUGAAUGACCUGGAUGUCAAUUAGUUUGAUAUGACAAAUGAGCAAAGUUCAUUUGUUUACAAAAUCAUUUUACGUAAUCUAAUUAGAGGUCAUGUAAAUAAAAAAUUUUUAUAUUGCUAGGAAAUCUUGAAAUUGAAUUUUCACAUACUUCUAUAAAAAAUCUCCGUAUCUGUUUUAACCCAGACACGAUUUACUUAAUUUUUGUUCUUUCAAGCAACAAACGUGAGUCUCAUCUUUUGAUUCUAUUGAAUCGCAUCGGUAAGGUGAAACUUAGAAGUAUUCAGUGGCUAUGGAACAAAAUAAGAAAAUCAAGUCUUCACGAAUCGUAGAAUUAUCGUGCAAAUAGGUUUAUCGCUUAGAAUCUAGUGAUUCUAAUUAAAAAAAAACUUGUGAUAGUGCGAAGUGCUAUGCUGUGGUUACUUUACGUGCUGGUUUCUUAUUAUUAUUACUUUUGUUUUUUUGUUUUAUUUUUUUUUAUGUUACAUAUUGCAGGACAAUUAUGAUUUGUUAGUUAUUGUGGUUGCGAGAGAAAGAAACAGAGCGAGAUAUUAUUAAUGAUACAUAAAAUGUCAUGUCUUACGUGGCCAACUACAAUCGAUAGUCUUCAAUAAAGAAAAAUAUGAU